AUGACCAAACUUACCGUCGCCUACAUUCCCGAACAUUUCUCGACUCCGUUGUUUCUUGCGGAGACGCAUGGUUUCUACGCUUCCCGUGGCUUGGAAAUUGACUUUUUCCCCGUCGUCGAAGGCUCUGGCCGUCUUAUCAAGUUGCUCAAUGAGAAAUCGGUGGAUAUCGCCAUUGGCUUGACCGAAGCGUUUAUUGCCGACAUUGGCAACGGAAACAACAAGUACAACGUCGUGGCAACGUAUGUGGAAAGUCCUCUCUGCUGGGCCAUUUCCACCGGCAGCGACAGAAGCGACAUCCAGACGCCUCUGGAUCUUGCGGGAAAACGCAUUGGGGUGUCCCGGAUCGGCUCGGGUUCCUAUGUCAUGUCGUUUGUGUUGGGGCUCCAACUGCUGUUCCCAACGCCAUACUUCUCGGACUUCCCGAUCUUGCACAACUUUGAAAACUUGCGCAAUUCCGUCAACUUGAAGUACUCCGACGCGGAAGGAAAGAAAGUGGACAGCGACGCGUUCAUGUGGGAGCACUUCACUUCGAAAAAGUACUAUGACAGUGGCGAGAUCCGCCGCAUAGGCGAGAUCUACACACCUUGGCCGCUGUGGGUCGUGUCUGUCAACGGGGAGUCUCUUGCGGAAAAGAAAAGUGCCGUCGAAAGCUUUUUGGCUGCGGCUAACGAAGGUAUUGCGUACUUCUGGGCUCACCCUGAAGAGGCCGUGGAGUACAUUCUGACCCACUUGAACUAUUCUGCCGAAGACGCUCGCCUGUGGAUGAAAACCGUCAAGUUCAACGAGAAAAUCGGCCAAGCAGAGAUCGAGUGGCCCCGGGUGGUGGAAAACACGGCGAAAGGUUUGAAAACCGCCGGCGUGCUCAAGGAUUCAGAUGAGGAUAUCCAGCAACGGUUGAAGGCCCAGAUCCACUCGGUUUGA